AUGUCACAGCGUGCGUUAUUCAUAACGAUUUUAUUGAUUUACUUUGACAGUAAAGUGAUUGCCUAUAAUAAUAAUAAUGGAUCGCAAUGUAUCUUAAUUGGAGUUUAUAAAACGCGUCAAACUCGAAUUAUGUCACCAAUUUAUACGAACAGUUAUUCGGGCAACACAUGUUGGGAUUAUAUAGUACGAUCGCCAUACCGUUGUCCAACGAAAUUUCAUAUAGAAUUCUUGGAUUUCUUCUUGCCGCCGUCAAUGGAUUGCGAUAAGGACUAUUUAGCUAUCGAUUCGGAAGAUAAAUUGUGCGGUCAAGUAGUGGGCGUUAGAAAAUAUCAGACAAGUGAUGGCGUCUUAAGAUUACGAUUUGUAACAAAUAAUUCCUCUUGUUCCGAAGAUAAAGUUUUUAAAUUGUUAAUAACACGUUUGGCUUGUGAAACCGAGGAUUUCAUCAAUCCUUUUGCAAGCGAAACAAAUACGGAAUCUGCCUUAGUUACUGAGCCCACACUGUAUUUGCAACCACCAUUCAGAGAAAGACAAGAAGUAUUUUGUCCCCAGGACUUAUACUUACCAGCAAAGCUAUCACCUGAAACCUUUGAUCCAACAGAUGGUAAAGCGAUUUUUGAACCUUUAAGCAGUUCAGACGCGAAUAACGCCUGUUGUGUUAACCCAUUUCAUCAAAGAAAUUUUUAUCUUACUAGUCCUGGAUUUCCGCGCUCCAUGUUCUCGACUCCUGGCGUUGCGUUACCGAGAGAUUGUGAAUAUCAUUUUGUAAAAUUUGCACCUAAUGUUUGCCGCUUACGACUGAAUUUAAAAUUUUUCAAUUUUGGUCAAGGUGUGGUUGUAAACGAUGUAGCUGUACGAAAAACUUGCAGUGAUGAUUUCAUUGAAAUUGAUAAUCAGCGUUUUUGUGGAUGUUUAACGGGCUUGACUUAUGAGUCUGAUUGGUUUUCCACUGCUCAUAAGACACUAAGAAUGCGUAUGGGUUGCGGCAGUUCAUUAAUUGGUGGUUUUCUUAUCGAGGUGAUACAAGAGAACUGUUUCGAAAACCGUGUGCCAAACGGUUUUUCAAAUGGUGUUUAUGAUUUUAAUAAUAAUCAUCCCCAAUCAUACCCGCAAUUACCUUUCAAGCCUCAUCGAGAGCAGCCAAUAAUUUUCGAUAAUCCGUAUCCACCAAGUGCUACCUUCCCUUCAAUUAAUAGGAAUGCAGCACAACAGUAUUCUUCUUCUAACUUUAAGUAUUACGAAAAUUGCGUAUUUAAUAUAAACCAAUUACGGAAAUUGUCUUUAGAUAUAUUAUGGUUAACUAAGCCGAUCUGCUAUGUGCCUCGGAAUUUGAGCAACGUUUAACUUUUUUUUUUAUUAUACCCUACAUUAUUUCUGGUAUAAGGGAAUAUUUAGUUUGAGAUAGACCUAUCUUUUAUUAUACUGAUCGAUUCAGGAUCACUUUUAAAAACAAUUCAGAAUCCUUUCCUCAAUCGAUGUAAGCCUGUCUGUCUGUGCAACUUCUUUCUUCUCUUCAAUCUACAAGUCACAGCUUUGGAGAUAUUUUGAUGAAAAUUGGUACACCAAUAGGUUCUGACCUAACGACAAACUUGACCAUUGAACAUGAUCCGGAUCAGAGCACUUUUUCGAUUAAUUCCCAUAGAACACUUUACUUUGAAAAUUCAUUUCGCAUAGAAUGUCAGGCCCUGCUCCAUUGUAACGCUGUCAGUUGUCUUUUGGUAGAAUAUUUUUACGCUGAGACAAGUGUAAAAGUCUUUCAUAGUUCCUUACAAGAAUAGUUUUAGCUCUUUUCGUCUUCGCGAACAAUGGACGUCUAAGCUGUAGUCUACAUUUAAAGCUUUUGUCGCAACAUCUUUUUAUUCC